AGCACAGGAAGUUGUCCAGCACUGCCUGUGAGUGUUCGCAAGCAGCGCGGGGCGCCGGUUGUCAUGGAGCCGGCCGGGCCCUGUGGUUUUUGCCCGGCCGGGGAGGCCCAGCCCGCGCGCUACACCUGCCCUCGCUGUAAUGUGCCCUACUGCUCGCUGCGCUGCUACCGGGCGCAUGGCACCUGCGCCGAAGCCUUCUACCGGGACCAGGUGCUGGGAGAGCUCCGCGGCCGCAGCGCCUCGCCCAGCCGCCUGGCCAGCGCCCUACGGCGGCUGCGUCAGCAACGCGAGACCGAGGACGACCCGGAGGACGCCGGCCUUAGCCCUGGCCCGGCGCCAGGCGGCCUCACCAGGCUCUGGGAGCUGCUGGCCCCGGCCGAGAAGGCGGCCUUCGAGCGGCUGCUGAGCCGUGGUGAGGCCGGGCGGCUGCUGCCCCCGUGGCGGCCGUGGUGGUGGGGCCGCGGGGCCGGGUCGCGGCUUCUGGAAGAGGUGGAUGAUGCUGCGGACCGUGACCCUGCGGAGCUGGAGCCCACCCCCGCGAGGACGUCACCGGAACCCGUGAAGGAGGCCGCCGCCGAGCCGUUUCUCGAAGACGCUCCCGUGGCCCGCGCGCCCACCGUGCCCACCCGGAUCCCCACGCUGGCCAGCCUGAGCCGCAGCCCGGCCUCGCCGCUUGUGCGCUUCCAGCUGCCCAACGUGCUCUUCUCCUACGCGCACACUCUUGCCUUGUAUCACGGCGGCGACGAUGCGCUGCUCUCAGACUUCUGUGCCACGCUGCUCGGCGUUUCCGGAGCCCUGGGUGCGCAGCAGGUCUUCGCCUCUGCCGAGGAAGCCCUGCAGGCCGCCGCCCAGGUGCUCGAAGCAGGCGAGCAUCCGCCUGGGCCCCUGGGCACACGGGGUGCCAUGCGCGAAGCUGCCCGCAUCCUGAUGGGCGAAGGCCCGGCCGACCAGAAAGGCUACACGCUGGCAGCACUGGGGCACCUGGCGCAGACCCUGGGCCGGGCUCGGAAGCAAGCUGUGGCCACGGAAGAGCGAGAUCGCCUCUACCGGGCGCGGAAGAAGUGCCAGUUCCUACUGGCUUGGACCAAUGAAAAUGAGCUGGCCCUCCCACCCCUGGCUCUGGACUGUGCCAGGGCCCAUCGAGCCCACGCUGUGGUGGCCGAGGAGGUGGCAGCCCUCACCGGGGAGCUGGAGCGGCUUUGGGGAGGCUCCCUGCCACCUGCUCCAAGAAUUCUCAUUGAGGAACUGCCUGGCUGAACUGGGAUCCCUCUGUCAUUAAUAAAGCUGUGACUGGUCUGCCCUAUGAGCAGUGCCUGCUUCUGAGGAACAGCUGUCGUUCUCCCC